CGAGCCGCCGUCCGGGUUCCCCGCCACCUUGCGCUGUCAUUGAACUAGGGAGACUUUCCCGCCUACUCGAGGCUCCCCGGAGAGCCGGUCCCGGGUGCACCAGCUUCGUCCAGACCCACUUCCCGGCUGCAGCCGGGUCACAGGAAAGCCCUUCGUCGUCGUGGUCCGGGACUUUCCGAGGCUUUCGGGAGAAGAGACAAGGCUCCAGAUCUAGGGAGCUGUGGCCACUGGAAGGCUCUCAGGCCAGGGGACGUCAUGUCCUCCUUUGAAGAUGCUGACACAGAAGAGACCGUGACGUGUCUCCAGAUGACUGUUUAUCAUCCCGGGCAGCUGCAGAGUGGAAUAUUUAAGUCAAUAAGGUUUUGCAACAAAGAGAAAUUUCCUUCUAUUGAAGUGGUGAAGUUCGGACGGAAUUCCAACGUCUGCCGGUAUACUUUUCAGGACAAACAGGUUUCCCGAGUUCAGUUUGCUUUACAGCCAUUUAAACAGUUCAACAGCUCGGUUCUCUCGUUUGAGAUUAAAAACAUGAGUAAGAAGACCAGUUUGAUGGUGGACAAUCAGGAGCUCGGCUACCUCAAUAAAAUGGACCUGCCUUACAAGUGCAUGCUCAGGUUUGGAGAGUAUCAGUUCCUGUUGGAGAAGGAAGAUGGAGAGUCGGUGGAAUCUUUUGAGACUCAGUUUAUCUUGUCUCCAAGACCACUCUUGCAAGAAAACAACUGGCCAGCACAGAGUCCUGUACCUGAGGAUUCCGGGUACUCAUCCUACUUCACCCACAGGACUUCUCCUACAGAAAUGGAUGAAAAUGAAUUGUGAAGAGAGCCCACGUAGAGAAACGUGAAGGAUGGAUGAGGACACAUGGGUAGACCCUCGCGAGGCAUCCUACUGCUUAAGAGUUGACGAGUGUAGUGUAGUACAGAUAUCUGCAUGCUGACUUUGGAUUUAGUAAUAGCAUCCGGAAGUCCAUAUAUAGACUGUGUCUGUUGUCAGCUCAGUCAGCUGUUUGCAUUCCGGAUCUACAAAGAAUUAAGUGUCCGUCUGUAAGGGUUAGUGUAUGAAACAUACCUGCUGUGUCAUGCUAUUCUUGGUCCUUUUUCUGCUUGAUGACACUCCCAUGCUUUGUUUUGGUAACAGCCAAGCUGGGUCACAUCAUUUCGUAGCAGCCUUUGGUUUUCAAGUUCAAAGCUCAGGCGGAUUGUUCACUGGUGUCUGUGGCAUGUUAAUACUUGUAGAGCUGGAGUCCUGGAAUGAGUUCUUGAGUCUCAUCUGAGUCACUGUGGUUUCAUGAUGGAAAGAUUUGAGAAAGAACACCUUGGUUUUCUUUCUAUGAAAUUACAAUAUUUAUUCCUAAAAUGGCAGUUUUGCUUUUUUGUAUGUAGGACCUACAAUUAACAUUUAAAGAACAUGGAGAUUAAAUUUUUUUUUUUUUACAAAAUUGAAAAUUGCCGGGUGGUGGUGACACACGCCUUUAAUCCCAGCACUCAGGAGGCAGAGGCAGGGGGAUCUCUGUGAGUUCAAGGCCAGCCUGGUCUACAGAGUGAGUUCCAGGACAGCCAGAGAUACACAGAGAAGUACUGUCUCAAACAAAGUAACACAAAACCACCACCAAAAAACCCCCCCAGAAACUGAAAAUGAAUUUUAUGUAUCUUACACAAUUUAAAAAUUGCAGAAAUCAAAACUUGUAACAGCCUCUUCUCUGAGACUUCCUAAAGAAGGAAAACGUUCAUGCUCAGACUGCUCUAGAGAAGUAAAUAUAUGUGAAUAUUUAUAAUAAGUGCUUUCAUAUUUCUAAACGUUCACUUUCACAACUUUUAGAAGUUGUAUUUAAGAGAUUCUCAUUCAAUUCCUUUUGGCUAGAUGAAGAUGAACGUUUGUGAGUGUUAUGUGAAAGAGAAUGACAACCAUCAAGUUACGAUAAAUUCUAGCACUACCAGGAAGCAAGGCUCCCUGUGUAAUUACCUUGGUAAAUGAAAUUCUGUGCUGUAACAGAUGAGGUGGGGGGAACUACCCACACACACACACACACACACACACGUUUUUGAAACAACAUCUUGCUUUGAAGCUCAGGCUGGCCUUGAACUCAUGAUCUUCCUGCAUCAGCCACCUGAAUGCUGUGCUUAUAGGUGUGCACCACCCCCCUCCGUGCUUAGCUUAAUGUAACUGUAUUUCUGCAACAACCCUUCAAAACUAUUUCUAAUAAACUUUUCAGGCUAGUGCCAUGGGAAUGUCA